AUGGAUGACGAAGCUACUUUAAGUUCGGUAGAUGAACAUUUGAAAAAGCAGAAGAGAUUUUUCUCUUUCUUAAGUAGAGGUGAUGUGCCACCAAUACCCUUAGAUGAGGAGAGAUCAGAAUUGCCAAACUUAUUCAGACCCCUAACUUUAUUAUACUUCUGGGUCAGCCCAAUUUUAAGUACGGGUUACAAAAGAACCAUCAGACCUAAUGAUCUUCCAAAUUUGAAUAAUACAUUGAAAGUGGAGGUAAUGUAUGAGCGUUUGGAAAGAGCUUUCAAUAAGCAUAAUAAUUCCAAUAAGUUAAAACAUUUGACAAAUAAAUGCAAAGCAAGAGGUGAGACCUUGGGUACUUCGACGGUUGCUGAAGAAAAAGAUCUUGAAGAUUAUAAGUUGUCAGCUAGGUACAUCUUGUUGAUUCUUUUCAGCACCUUCAGAAUCGAAUAUUCUCUUGCUGUAGGUUGUGCUAUAUUGUCUGAGGUUGCUUCAACCAUGAUUCCGUUAUUGACCAAGGAAAUAAUCAAUUUUGUAUCCUUGAGGCUGAAUGGUGUUGAACAUGGUUUGGGUAAGGCUUAUGGGUAUUCAAUUGGUACGGUAAUAUUGAGUGCUAUCUCAUUUUACAUUUUAUCUGCCUAUUCUUUUUAUAGUACUCUUGCGGGUACUGAAUCAAAGGCAGUUUUAACCAAGGCCCUUCUUGCCAAAUCUUUCAAAGCUAAUGCCAAAGGUAAGCAUGAUUAUCCUCCUUCAAGGCUAACAACAUUUAUAGGAACAGACAUGGCCAAAUUAGAUUUGGCUUUACUCAUGUCACCUUACAUUGUUGCUGCUCCUUUCACAUUGGUUAUUGUUAUUGCCCUUUUGAUCGUCAAUUUGGGAGCUGCUACGGGAGCUGCAUUUGGUGUUCUCGUUGUUUCAAUUUUUGUCUUCAUAUUCGUCAUGAGGGGCAUGGUAAAAAGUAGAAGAGAGUCUUUAGUAUUUACCGAUGAAAGGGUUAACAUCUUAAAAGAAAUAGCAAAUAGUCUCAAGAUUAUCAAGUUUUAUAGUUGGGAAGAUAGUUAUUGUAAAAGUGCCACUGAUGCAAGACUCAAAGAAUCAAAAUUACUUGUCAGAACCCAAAGCUUUAGGAAUUUUGGUUUCGUAUUAUUUAUUUCAAUCACUCCCGUUAUGUCUACUGUGACUUUUUUGGUUUUGUAUGCCAUUGGAUCAAAUAAAAGAAAUCCAGCUAAUAUUUUUUCAUCCAUUUAUUUAAUAUCCCUUCUUGGGGAACUUUUCGUGACUUUGCCAUUAGCAUUUAGCUCAUUGAUGGAUGGUAUUGUCUCGUUGAGGAGAAUUUUUGGGUUUUUAGUCUGUGGUGAAUCAGCAGUUUCAGAUAAUGUGGAAUUCAAUGAAGAUAAUUUACCCCUGGAUACAGAUUUAGAUCAAACCGUCAUCAAAGUUGAAAAUGCUUCAUUCAAGUGGGAGAGUUUCGAGGAGAGUGAAUCUAAGGAUGUUUCUGCAGAUGAUACCAAGAACAUUGUAGAAAAACAGGAGAUUAUUGAUCAAAAGGAGAGUAUCAACAAAAAGUUCAAGGGUUUGAACGAUAUCAACUUCAGUGUCAAGAAAGGUGAGUUUAUCAUGGUUGUGGGGUCAAUUGGUACAGGAAAGACCUCAUUGCUUCAUGCUUUGUCGGGAUUCAUGACUCGUACCGAAGGUCAUGUAGAAGUUAACGGGUCAUCCGUGUUUUGUGGUACUCCGUGGGUUCAAAAUGCUACUAUAAAACAAAAUAUCGUUUUUGGGAAAGAAUUCGACGAGAAGAAAUACGAACAGUCGGUCUUUGCUUGUUCAUUGAAUGAUGAUUUCAGAAUUUUACCAGCAGGCGAUGCAACUGAAGUUGGUGAGAGGGGUAUUACAUUAUCCGGUGGUCAAAAGUCAAGAUUGAGUUUAGCGAGAGCUAUGUAUGCCAACAGAGAUAUAAUAUUAAUGGAUGACGUCUUGUCAGCAGUUGAUGCAAGAGUUGGUAAGCACAUUAUGGAGGUAGGAUUUUUAGGCUUACUCAGAGAAAAGACCAGGAUUUUAGCCACUCAUCAAUUGUCUUUUUUGAGUUAUAGUGAUAGGGUUAUAUAUUUGAACGGAGACGGUAGUAUUGACAUCGGAACAGUUGACGAAUUAAGUGUUAGAAAUGAAAGUUUUUCUAAUUUAUUAACUCAUAAAGACAGGGAUGAUAAGGACGCAGAACAAGCUCAAGGUGGUAAAGAGAAUUCCGAUUCUGAAGAUGACGCUGAUCAAGUCAGAAUGACUGAAGUUUCCGAAAUUAGAGAAGCUGAUACAGACCUCAGAACUGAUGGAAGAUUGAUAGAGUCUGAAAUUAGUGCUGAGAGGGCUAUUCAAUGGAAAAUUUAUAAGAGUCUUUUGAAAUUGGGAUCUGGAAGAAUCAACCCAGUGAUAUUGAUCUUAUUUACCAUAUUUGUAACAGCAUGUUCGACAUUUUGUGGAUUGUUUGUGAAUACCUGGUUAUCAUUCUGGCUUGAUAUGAAAUUCAAGGGAUCUGAUGGAUUCUAUAUUGGAAUUUAUAUCAUGUUCACUUUGCUCAGUCUUUUAUUAAUGUGGUUGCAAUUUACCCUUUAUGUAAGUAUUGUAUUGUCUGCCUCAAGAUAUGUCAACAUUGCUGCAAUAAAGAGAUUCCUCCAUGUACCUAUGUCCUACAUGGAUACCACUCCCACUGGGAGAAUCUUGAAUAGAUUCACCAAGGAUACAGACUCUGCUGAUAAUGAAUUGGUCGAAAAUGUCAGAUUAGGUUUCUAUUUAUUCGCCGAAAUCAUUGGAACGUUAAUUUUAAGUAUUAUUUACUUACCCUGGUUAGCUUUAGCUUUACCCCCAUUAUUUCUAAUUAUUGCAUUAGUGGGAAGUUACUAUCAGGCUUCCUCUCGUGAAAUCAAAAGAUUGGAGUCCACCCAAAGGUCAUUAUACAUUAAUAACUUUGGUGAAUGUUUGAGUGGAGCUGAAACUAUUAAAGCUUAUAACGCUGUUGAUAGAUUCAUGAAGAGAAAUGAUCUUUUGAUCAAUCAAACCAAUGAAGCUUCUGUGUUAGUGAAUGGGGUUCAAAGGUGGGGUAGCUUGAGGAUCAUCAUAACAUCUCUCUCGUAUGUCUUGUUGAUCACCCUUCUUGCCAUCAAUCGUGUAUUUAGUAUUAGUCCUGCUUCUGUCGGUUUGGUCAUUUCCUACCUGUUUGUCCUUCCCAAUUUAGCUGCUGGUGUGAUCAGAAGUUUGGCAUUGGCAGAAAAUGAAAUGACUAGUUUCGAAAGAGUUCAUGAGUAUGCUUACGACUUACCUCAGGAGCUGGCCUAUCAUAUUGCUGAAACCAAACCUGAACCACAUUGGCCAAGUCGUGGUAACAUUGUAUUUGAUAAUGUCUCCAUGAGAUAUAGGGAGGGUAUGCCUAAGGUUUUGAAAAAUGUAUCCUUUUCCGUGAAGGGAAAUGAAAGAAUUGGGAUCUGUGGUAGAACUGGUGCAGGUAAGUCCACCAUCAUGUCAACUUUAUUCAGGAUCACAGAAUUGGUUGAAGGAAAAAUCUAUAUUGAUGGAAUUGAUAUCGCUUCCUUGGGUUUGAACGAAUUGAGGUCAAGAUUGUCCAUCAUUCCCCAGGAGUCUGUAUUGUUUUCAGGAAAUAUCAGAAAGAAUUUAGAUCCCUUCAGCGAAAUGUCAGAUGAGCUCUUGUGGGAGUCUUUAAGAAGAGCUGGUUUGAUCGAUGGUGAUAUUAUAGAAGAAGUCAAAAGACAAACUGAUUCCAAGAACCUACACAAAUUCCAUUUGAAUGCUAUCGUUGAAAGUGAAGGGUCUAAUUUUUCCUUGGGUGAAAAGCAAUUGAUAGCUUUUGCCAGAGCUUUGGUCAGGAACUCGAAAAUUUUAGUUCUUGAUGAAGCCACUUCGUCCGUUGAUUAUGAAACAGAUGCAAGAAUUCAAAAAACCAUUGUCAAUGAAUUCAAUGAUUGUACCAUUUUGUGUAUUGCCCAUAGACUCAGAACGAUCAUUAAAUACGAUAAAAUUUUAGUUCUCGAUAAAGGGGAGCUCAAAGAAUUUGAGUCCCCUUUGAAUUUGUUCAAAGACGAAAGUUCUAUUUUCCGUCUGUUGUGUGACAAAUCCAAGAUUACCAUCGAUGAUUUCGAUACAAAUUAA